UGUAUUACUGUUGAUAUGGUGCUGAAAAUCUACCUAUUGAAUGUGCAAUACAUUUUCUUUUGCAUUAAUGUUUUUUUAUUAAGAGUAUUGGCAAAAUGAGUUCAUGUGUUCUUAUUUAUUGUUAAAUGGUUUUCAACCUUUUAAGGGCAGCUUAGUUUCAGUUGCACUACAUCACUUAUUUUGUAGUAAAAAGAUAUUAUUAUUCAUGAUCAGGUUGAAAGCAAUGCUCGAUUUGUAAGGUGGUCUGAUGGUAGUCUUCAGUUGUUAAUUGGGAAUGAAGUUCUUGACAUGUCAGAGCAGGAUGCCCAGCAUGAUCAAUCACAUCUUUUCCUUAGACAUGGAAAGGGAAUCCUGCAAUCACAAGGAAGGCUAUUAUGCCAUCUUCCUUGUCCUCAAAUUCUCAUCGGUUGUUGACUCAAGGCAGAGGAAGGUUUACAAGGUUAAAAACUGUGUUACAGACAUUGAUCCUGAGAGGGAAAAGGAGGAAAAGGAAAAGGCUGAAAGUCAAACUAUUAGGGCUAGCCAACUGCUUAGCCGUAAGCGUGACAAGGUGAAUAAAAAAUAUACUCCAACUGACAGGAGGCGUCAACUUUCUCCUGGGUUUUUAGAGGAUGCAUUGGACACAUGAUGAUGCAAAUGAUUUAAGCAUAAUUUCAAUUUGCUUUGUGCUUUUUUGCUCUUUAUUAUUAUACACAGCAUGUGGCUACAAAAAAGGAUCAUGAAAUUAUAACUACAUUCAAAGCUCAUAAUAACAUGCUAAAAGCAUGGACAUAUCAAAUUUAGAUUUCUUACUCGCAUCAAACACUAAUAAAAACAGCAUGGGGCUUCUACUUCAAAAUCAAUCAAAACCACCGGCACUAUUAUUACAAUGCCAGCAUCAUCUUGAAAUGAGGAUGCUUGGGUACUAACAUUCAAGCUUACUAUACAAUGCCAUCUAUCCACCCACCCAACUGAUAUGGUUAUGGGUAAACCAUUAAACCAGUAAAAAUGAGCAUGUGUUGGAUGUUCAACAAUAUCU